CUUGGGAAAAGUUUGAAUAACGUCCGUCUACUGUCCCGUUUAUACUCUUGCUGUUGUGGUGGUGACUUCCUCCAUCUGCGAUCUCCGACGGAAAACUCCCCUUCCACCGAUCACGGACGUCCAUCCUUCUUUCCUCUCACAAACCGGAUCACAUCACGCAUAUCACCAUGUCUUCUCGCGUGGGCCUCCGCUUCCUCAACAACACUCGCUUUGCUUUCCGCAAUGCCUCCGGGUCAUUCCGCCGGCCGGGUGCCCAGGGCUUCCGCUUCUCGAGCUCCGAAGCCGGUGCCGCAGAGCAGCAGAGCACCUUCCAGCGCAUGUGGAACAGCCCUGUCGGUGUGAAGACUGUCCAUUUCUGGGCUCCCGUUAUGAAGUGGUGCCUCGUCAUCGCCGGUAUCUCCGACUUCGCCCGUCCCGCUGAGAAGCUCUCCCUCACCCAGAAUGCCGCCCUCAUGGGUACCGGUGCCAUUUGGACUCGCUGGUGCAUGAUCAUCAAGCCCCGUAACGUUCUGCUUGCCGCUGUCAACUUCUUCCUCGGAUGCGUCGGUGCCGUUCAGGUUACCCGUAUUUUCCUGUGGCAGCGUAGCCAAGACGGCUCUUCCGCUGAGGCCGCCAAGGAGCUCGAGCAGGAGGCCGUUGCCUCCGUCAAGGCUGUCGCCGACCAGGCUGAGGGUGCCGCUAAGAAGGUUGUCGACAAGGUUGAGAAGUCCACUUAA